AUGCAUGACCAUGAUCCAAAAGAUAUCGGCGAAAAGAAAAAGAGGGUCAAAAAAUCCCCCCAACCAUUCGUUCGCGAAACGGGAAAAUCACUGUUUCCCGUAUCGAGGGUGCAAAAAAUAAUUAAGGCGGAUAAAGACAUACCUAUCAUCGCCAAAGAAGCCACGUUUCUAAUAUCUCUUGCCACCGAAGAGUUUAUCAAACGAUUAUGUGAAGCUGCGCACAAAUCUGCUGAGCGUAACAGCAGACAGACGGUGCAGCAUAAGGAUCUUGCCACAAUUGUCCGAAAAGCCGACGAAUUUUUAUUCUUGGAAGACAUUAUACCAUGGGCAGUAGCGGAUGGUCCAGUUGUAAAACGCAAACCGAAGCAGCCAGGCGCUGAUUCCAGCGGUGAUGCUGGUCUCACGUUGCUGGAUCAGUUUGUAACCAAGAAGGCGGCACCUGUCAUUGAAGAUGAGCCCGAUGAGGAUAUCACGAUGAACGAUGACGGUACUAUGACGGUUGGCUAG